ACUGCUGUUGUCUUGACCGUCAGGUGACCGCUGUUGUCUUGACCGUCAGGUGACCGCUGUAGUCUUGACCGUCAUGUGACUGUUGUUGUCUUGACCUUCCGGUAACCGCUGUCCUCUUGACCAUUAGGUGACCGCUGUUGUCUUGACCGUCAGGUGGCCGCUGUUGUCUUGACCGUCAUGGGACCGCUGUUAUCUUGACUGUCAGGUGACCACUGUUGUCUUGCCUGUCAAGUGGCCCCUGUUGUCACUGUCCUUAGGUUACACCGGUUCCCCUGUUUUUUGGUUGCAGUCCCUGCAGGAUUAUUUACAUACGUGACAAAGUCCUCGGACUUGAUGGGCAUCCUACCAAAUGGGACUCGUGAAGGUUUGGGAACCAUCUUCCCUGUGGACUCUCAUUUCUUCCAGAAGGACCGGACUGAGGGCAAUAAACAUGGCAGCAAAGGCAACUGCGACCGCGCAGAAGACGUGUUGUAUGUCCACACUAAAGGUUUUCCUCUGCGCUCUCUCUUUCGCGUACAUCACUAAGUCUCUGGCACUUGUCUAUUCUCGGAGUAUGAUCACACAGAUCGAGAGAAGGUUUAACAUUCCCUCUUCUCUGGUCGGGGUCAUCGAUGGAAGCUUUGAUAUCGGUAACCUAUUGGUCAUCACUCUGGUCAGUUACUUCGGGGCAAAGCUUCAUCGCCCCCGAAUGAUCGCAAUCGGUUGUCUGAUCAUGUUCCUGGGGAGCUGCCUGACCGCAACACCACAUUUCAUCAUGAGACGGUAUCAGUAUGAGGGAUCAGCGUCACACUCAACAGACAACUCCACAUCCCAUCAACAUCUGUGUCUGGCCAAUCAGAGCCGAGCACUGGCCUCUGAGGUUCCUGAAGUUUGCCAGGCGGGAUCCUCAGAGUCUCUGAUGUGGAUUUUCGUUCUUAUUGGGAAUAUUCUACAAGGAAUCGGAGAGACCCCCAUUGAGCCCCUCGGAUUGUCCUACGUGGAUGACUUUGCCCGAGAGGAGAAUUCUCCAUUUUAUAUAGGUAUCAUCCAGACACUGUCCAUCGCGGGGCCCCUCAUGGGCUCCCUCAUGGCCUCCUUCUGUGCGCAGCUUUUUGUGGACAUCGGUUUCAUUGAUCUGGACGAGGUGUUCCUCAGCACCACUGACACGCGCUGGGUGGGGGCCUGGUGGAUGGGCUUCCUGGUCAGUGGGGUCCUCAAUCUUCUGGCCGCCGUCCCCUUCUGCUUCAUCCCCAGGACUCUGCCCAAGGAGGGAGAUGAGGACCAGAUGGAGCUGAGGGAGACACUCCGACCCCAGGUGACUGGCAGCGGCCCAGAGAACGAGAAGACUAAGGAAGUAACCAAAAAAGGGUUUUUGGAGCUCCUGAAGACCCUCCUGCGCAGUCAGGUGUUCAUGCUGUUCCUCCUGGUGACUGUCAUCCAGUUCAGUGCCUUUACGGGGUUCAUGUCUUUUAUGCCCAAAUACCUGGAGCAGCAGUACGGGAAGUCGGCGUCGGAGGCCAUCUUUCUUAUAGGGGUCUACAGUCUCCCCAUCAUCGGAGUUGGAUACUUCCUGGGGGGUUUCCUCAUGAAGAAAUUCAAGACGUCCACAUUCAUGGGGGCGAAGCUGGCGUUGGCCUCAUCCAUCAUCGAAUAUCUGCUCUACCUGCUGGCGUUCAUCCUGGUGUGUAAGAACGCCACGAUGGCCGGACUGACCGUCACCUAUGAUGGGAUUGAGGGAGUUUCUUAUCUGGAGAACCUGACAUCCGGGUGUAAUGUGAACUGCGACUGCACCAGUGACGUGUGGGACCCCGUGUGUGGGGACAAUGGAGUGGGCUACGUGUCCGCCUGCCUGGCCGGCUGCUCCUCGUCUACAGGGAUGGGGCAGAAUGUGAUUUUCCACAAUUGUAGCUGUGUCCAGACGGUGAAUAGUUCGGCCAUCUUGGGUCAGUGUCCGCGGGGGGAGGAGUGUGACACUAUGCUGCUCUACUUCAUGGUCCUCAACCUGGUCUGCUGCUUCAUCUACUCCCUGGGGGCCUUGCCGGGCUACAUGGUGCUGAUCAGGAGUCUGACCCCCGAAGAGAAGUCGUUUGGUCUCGGUCUCCAUCUCUUGGCCGCUCGAGCUCUUGGAGGAAUCCCCUCCCCUAUAUAUUAUGGAGCAGCGAUAGAUACGACCUGUAUAAAGUGGGGAACCACCAGCUGCGGGGAACCGGGAGCCUGCCGCAUGUACGACACCGACGGGUACAGGAUACUGUAUAUUGGGAUUCCGUCAGUUUUGCGCUUUAUCUCGUACAUUCCGUGUAUCUUUAUCCUCCUCGCCCUCAGACGCUCGCCCGCCCGGGCUCAGGAUGGGAGGUCGUGACCCCAUGGAGUCGUCAUCACAUGAUCACCAUAAUAUUAUAUCAGAAUCUACAGAAGAUGCGAAGGAUGGACGACCCCGGGAUGUGGGGGAUUGGGGGAGGGAGAAGAAAAAACAACCCCCCUCCUUAUUAUCAUCAUCCAUAAUAAAUAUUAUUAUCACCCUCAUCAUCCAUAAUAAAUAUUAUUAUC